CUUCUCCCGGGCGGAAGUGGGUGGAGCGGCUGGGGAAAACAGCGCUCCUUUCCGGUGUAGCAGUACAAAGGAAGAAGAGGCGAAGGAAGGAGUAGUCGGUGGUGAGGAUGACACGUCAUGGCAAGAACUGCACGGCGGGAGCUGUCUACACUUACCACGAGAAGAAGAAAGACACAGCGGCCUCAGGCUAUGGGACCCAGAACAUUCGACUGAGCCGGGAUGCCGUGAAGGACUUUGACUGCUGCUGCCUCUCUCUGCAGCCCUGCCAUGAUCCUGUUGUCACCCCAGAUGGCUACCUGUAUGAGCGCGAGGCCAUCCUUGAGUACAUUCUGCACCAGAAGAAGGAGAUUGCCCGGCAGAUGAAGGCCUAUGAGAAGCAGCGCGGUGCCCGGCGAGAAGAGCAGAAGGAGCUGCAGCGGGCGGCGGCGCAGGAUCAGGUGCGGGGCUUCCUGGAGAAGGAAGCGGCCAUUGUGAGCCGGCCCCUCAACCCCUUCACACCCAAAGCCUCUGCGGGGAGCGGCCCAGAUGAUGCACGGCCUGGUCCCAGCGCGGGCCCUACAAGCAAGGACAAGGACAAAGACAAGGCGCUGCCCAGCUUCUGGAUCCCUUCGCUGACUCCCGAGGCCAAGGCCACCAAGCUGGAGAAGCCGUCACGCACGGUGACCUGCCCCAUGUCGGGGAAGCCGCUGCGCAUGUCCGACCUGACGCCCGUGCGCUUCACGCCCCUCGACGGCUCCGUGGACCGCGUGGGGCUCAUCACGCGCUCUGAGCGCUACGUGUGCGCGGUGACCCGCGACAGCCUGAGCAACGCCACACCCUGCGCCGUGCUGCGGCCCUCUGGGGCCGUGGUCACCCUCGAGUGCGUGGAGAAACUGAUUCGGAAGGACAUGGUGGACCCCGUGAACGGGGAGAAGCUCACAGACCGCGACAUCAUAGUGCUCCAGCGGGGCGGCACGGGCUUCGCGGGCUCCGGGGUGAAGCUGCAGGCGGAGAAGUCGCGGCCGGUGAUGCAGGCCUGAGCGCGCGGCGGGCCGGCGGGAGAGCGAAUAAACGGGUGUGGACGCGGCCGGCCGUUCUGCCUUCUCUUCUCCGCGCGGCCCUAGGCGGCGCCCGGCCGAGGCGGUGCGAGCUGGAAACUCAAAUUUGAAAGGGCGGGCUGAGAAGAGAACAGGGGCUCAGGUCGGGAAGGAAACCUGCCGGGGACGCAAAUGCGCAGCGUUAAAAUGGGUCCACGCUGGCCGGAACCCAAAACCCGAGCCGCGCCCGCUCGGAUACAAUAGAUAGCCCCUCCCCGCCUCGCGCAAGGUUCCCCCUGAGUUAAGGGGUGCGGGAGGUGUCCCGAACCCAUCCCCGGGGGGUGCAGUGUGGUGGCGACACAGGGUAAAAAAAACGGAGAGAGUGACGCACCUGGGCUGGAAAGGGUGUUUAGGGCACCCCCCUUCCAGAAGGUGUUGCCUGCAGGAGGAGGCAGAGGAGCCCAAAACCGCGGGUGCGAAGGCCGGGGGCAGGUCUGAGGGGCCCAGGGGGGUGGGGGUGGCCCCAGACGACCCCCAGAACUUUGCGUGUUUUCAAUAACCGUCUGACUCCAAAGCAGGCCAUGGGCAGUGUGUGAGGCAGAACAUACAGUCAAGCAAAAAUUUUUAAAAAUUAAGCCCCGGCUCGCGGUGAGUUGUCCUUUCUAGUCUGUGCACGUGCACGAGUUAGGUUAACUCCGGUGGUCUCUCGAUACACACGCUGUUCUGUUCCGUGAAAACUCCCUGCAUCUCCUUUCCCGAACAUUCCUCUCUCUAAUGCCCAGAUACGAGCCAAAGGUCCCAGGUGGUCGGCGAGUGGCCUUGACCGCUGGUUUGGCCAAGCCCGUGUCUGAUGCAGGGCCAGGCUGUGCAGCUGGCGGCAGCGACUGGGUCAUCCCUGCACCCCAGGGCGUCCUUCAAAUCCAGUGUGUGCUGCCCCAGAGGCUUCUAGAACUUUGUUGGGUCCUCCAGAGCCGUCCCACCACAUGCUUGUGCCCCCAGCCUUGGAAGCCAGCUCAGCGCCAAUGACAUUCCCAGCCCCUGCCACCCGGGGCGUAUAGAUCUGUGGUCCCAAGGGGUCCCAACCCCAGCCGGGAUGAGGAGGGAGCUGAAAAGGCACGACUUAGGGCAGUGGCAGAAGCCAGUUCAGCCAGGGGCCUGCCUGCCCCCGGGGACCCCCAGCACCGGUCCUGCGCCGACCCUCUGAACCCACCCCCAGCUGUCCCCGCACUGUUAGUGGACGGACCUUUCCACCGCAGCAACCCCCGCGUCAUUCCUUUACACCGAGAGAGCGCCAAAGCAUCCCCUCCCCUAAACACCCCAAUCCUCCCGUUCCUAAGACUUCACCCACCCCUGGGUCCUUCCAGCUUGCUCUCAGACCCCCACCCCAACAACCUCAAUCUUGUUCAUCAGUGGGUUCCCCACCCCCCAAUAAAAGCUUCAAGGUUUUCCAA